AUGCGGUACCACGCCACCAGAACCACCGCCACCAGCACCAGCACCAGCACCAGCAGGAGCAGCCCCCGCCCAUCCUUGCGGUGCGUCAUGCAGAAGAGCUUCAAGUGCACAAAGAGUGGUGGUGGCUCCGGUCCCAGUUCUAAAUGCGGCCCCACAAGGACUGCUGCAGGUGCAAUGGGCUGCGCGACGAGGAGCAAUGCAAGCCAGGGAGCUGGGUCAGCGCUGCGUCCUCGGUUCUGGUUGUCGAGGCCCGUGUGGAAGAGGUCCCUGGUCAAUACGACGCGGUGCCUCGUCGGAUGCACAGCCGGUGACUUUUCAGCAAUGUGGUAUCUACAAUCUUGCUGGCCAGAUCUGGGAAUGGGUCCCACCAUGGGCAUAUCAAUGGCAUGCGGAAUAACUACCUCUCUGAUGCUCGAAACUACGCUUUUGAGAUAUGGCCGUGACGACCUCCCUUGGCUCAUAGCCGCUCGCACAGCUGCUGCUAUGAGCUUCAUAUCUAUGAUCACCAUGGAACUGGCCGAGAAUAUCGUCGACUACAACCUCACGGGAGGAGUCGUCGACCUUUCCGACCCGUGGUUCUGGGUUGCUGCGGGGGUGUCCACCGCUGCUGGGCUGAUUGCUCCUCUCCCGUACAAUUAUCACAGGCUGAGGCGGUAUGGCAAGGCAUGCCACUAG